AUGGUGGAAGGACCAGGUUGCACUCUAAAUGGAGAGAAGAUUCGGGCGCGGGUGCUCCCCGGCCAGGCGAUGAUCGCCGUGCGGGCCAGAGCUCCGCAGAGACACGAUGGCCCAAGGUUGCCUCCUGCAGCCGCGGUGCCUGCGUUCUCUUCCCAGCCUGCUGCACAGAAUAAUAAAGAUUCCAGCCAGAACUUCUUGAGACUUAAUGACUAUGUUUACAGUGGUGUGGAGACUUUGGGAAAGGAACUCUUUAUGUACUUUGGACCCAAAGCUUUACGAAUUCAUUUUGGAAUGAAAGGCUCCCUCAUGAUUAAUCCACCUGACUAUAAAAGUAAAAAUGGAAUUUCUCCUGUUUUUGAAGUGCAGCUCACCAAAGAUUUGAUUUGUUUCUUUGACUCAUCAGUGGAACUCAGAAACUCAGCAGAAAGCCAACAGAGAAUAAGAAUGAUGGAGGAAUUAGAUGUAUGUUCACCUAAAUUUAGUCUCACAAGAGCUGAAAGUGAAGUUCAAAAGCACAAAGGACGGAUGCUCUGUGACGUGUUAAUGGAUCAGAAAGUGCUGCCUGGAGUAGGGAACAUCAUCAAAAAUGAAGCUCUUUUGGACAGUGGUCUCCACCCAGCUGUUAAAGUUUGUCAGCUAACAGAUGAGCAGAUCCAUCACCUUGUGAAAAUGACACGUGCUUUCAGCAUUCUUUUUUACAGGUGCCAUAAAGCAGGAUCAGCUAUCUCUAAACACUAUAAGGUUUACAAGCGUCCUAAUUGUGGUCGGUGCGGCUGCAAAGUCACUGUGUGUCGCUUAGGGGAGAAUUGCAGAAUGACAUAUUUCUGUCCUCACUGUCAAAAAGAAAAUCCGCAACUUGUUGACAUCCGCCAGCUGCCCACUAGAAACAGUCCACUCCAUUGGCCGUGCAGUGGGGGGUAUCAGAUCAUGGACUCUGUGGCUGGGAGGUCUGAAGAGCAGUGGGCGUGUAUGGCCUGUACACUGAUAAAUCUGCCUUCUUCUGAGACAUGUGAGGCUUGCCUGACAUCAAGGCCAGCAGAUUCAUUACUCAGCAAUAAAGACAAUCUGGUUGCCGUGAGCAGCCUAGUGAAGUACCCUUGCAAUGAGUUUGGAAAACCCAGUGCAGAUGUGAAAAUCAACAGGAAAACUGCAUUUGGUACGACAACCCUUGUCUUGACCAAUGUUAGCAAUACGUCCAAUCCUUUGGAAAGAACCAAAAACCUAAACCAGACCGUAGGUGGAGAAUUCCCCUACUCUCCAUCCACUCCUAUAUGUUUUCGUGGUAGACGGCCCCCCUCCAAGCAGAGGACAAACAGCCAAACUCUGCAAUCUAACAAACCGAACACAUCACCUGUGGUCUGCUCUGAGUCUAAAUUAUUUAGCCCGGCACAUAAAAAAUUGAAGACAACCCACUACUCAUCACCAGAUCCCAAGAGCUGCAACCCUGGAUUUUCUAACAGUGCACUUCAAAUUAAUACGGCAGAUGGUACUUGUACAUUAAAUGCUGGCAGUCCUCACUGCAGUAAACACGACCGCCUCUGUGUUCUCCGAGUUGUGAGAAAAGAUGGUGAAAACAAGGGCAGGCAGUUUUAUGCGUGUCCUCUACCCAGAGAAGCACAAUGUGGAUUUUUUCAUUGGGCAGAUCUAUCCUUCCCGCUCUGUCACCACGGCAAACGCUCCAUCAUGAGGACGGUGUUGAAGAUUGGACCUAACAAUGGAAAGCAUUUUUUUGUGUGUCCCCUUGGGAAGGAAAAGCAGUGCAAAUUUUUUCAGUGGGCAGAAAAUGGGCCAGGAAUGAAAAUUAUUCCAGGAUGCUGA